UUGAGCCAUUCCAGAUGCAGUGAAUCUGACGUGGGAGUACCGCUGCAAUCCUACUUGGCGGAAGUGGAGCGGUCUGGAGCGCAAUACAACCUUGGACAGCGGUUGGCUCCCUCACAUUUCCCAUCCGAGCCAGGUUUGGAUAUAUUAUGAAUCUUGUGUGCAGCGAUCGACCUUUUCCACUUUCAUUCGGAAACAUUUUUUGUAUUGCACCCAUAAGGCUUCCAGAGCAUAAAUCCCAAGAUGGCGAAUCAGGAAUCGCAAAACACCGCUCAGCCAUCAGACAACACCAACGCCGCUCCAGCAGCUGCCAGUCCCGUCGUCUCCGCGCCGGCUGCUACUGUGCCAGGGGAAACAACGUCUUCAUCCAAGAAAGAAGACGAGGGUCCUCCUUCCAUUGCCAUUGAGGAGUCUGCAUCCCAUGCGCCUGGAGCGACGACCACUGCGACCGAGGUCGACCCAAAUGACCCGCUGAACUUCGGUCGCCAUCGUCGUGAGAAUGUCUCUCAGCGCCAGAUGAAGAUUGACCACCCGAAUGGAGAUAAGAAAAAACUGAAGAAGUUCUAUUCUCGUCAAAAUGAACUUAUCGACCAAUUUCUAGGUGCCGACGAUGAGGAACGACUUCAGGUUGAGGAGGAUGCUCGAGUGGCUCCCAAGAUCAAGUUCGCCGUCAAUGCAUCGUUCACGGUGAACUUUUGCCUUUUCGUAAUUCAGCUAUACGCUGCCAUCUCGACUGGGUCGCUAUCGCUAUUCGCAACUGCUGCUGAUGCCUUUAUGGAUCUUGUCUCGUCUUUUGUAAUGCUGAUAACUUCGCGCAUGGCCGCCCGAGCCAGCGUCUACAAAUACCCAGUGGGUCGUACAAGGAUUGAGACCAUCGGUAUUAUCCUCUUCUGUGCACUGAUGACUACCGUUGCCAUUCAACUGCUUGUCGAGUCUGCGCGUACCCUUGGUGGAGGGCCAACCCACUCAGAUCAACUCCAAAUCAUUCCUAUAGUCUUCGUAGGCGUUGCCAUCUUCGCAAAGGGCAGUCUUAUGCUCUACUGCCUUACAUACCGCAAGUAUCCGUCAGUCCAUGUCUUCUUCGUUGACCACCGUAAUGAUAUCGUUGUCAACAUUUUCGGUCUGGUCAUGUCGGUGGUAGGAGAUCGAUUUGUCUGGUAUCUCGACCCUAUUGGUGCUAUUUGCAUUGCACUCUUAAUUCUCUUCUCUUGGGUUGCCAACGCCUUUGAACAAGUUUGGCUGUUAGUGGGCAAAUCGGCACCGAAGGAAUUCGUAUCUAAGCUCAUCUACAUGAGCAUGACCCACGAUCCUCUGGUUCUAAAAGUGGAUACGUGCCGAGCGUACCAUGCUGGGCAGAAGUACUAUGUCGAGGUUGACAUUGUCAUGGAUCAGAACAUCCCUUUGAAGAUCUCACAUGAUGUGAGUCAGUCUCUUCAGAGGAAGCUCGAAGGCUUAAGUGACGUGGAGAGGGCCUUCGUCCACGUUGACUACAACGACGAUCACGAUAUCAACCAGGAACACAAACCUUUGUACGAAGAGAAGAAGCAAGGCCGAACCUUGAAGGACAUUCUUCUAUUCAGGAAGAAGGAAGGCGAAGCAAUACUCCGAACAGAAGAGUCAACGAGAUGAGCCCCUUUUCGUCAACCCACUAGACCCUAAUCCUUGACGAGAGAAUAUGGCCUGGGAGUCAUCGACGGUGAAUGCGAGGCCUAUGAGCUGAGGAAAACUUCUCCGCUCGUAGAAAAGCCAGAGCCAGAAGCCGUGGAACCCG